AUGUUUGUGUGCACGAAGACUCACGGGCACAAGCCCUCAGAGUACACAAGGACUCAAGUGCAGGAGCAUCUGCAGUUGGUCCUCAGGUCCCUCCAAGAUCUGGACCAGAGACGUGUCUCUCAGAAGGUAUUGGUUCAGUCUGCCUUAGAUCCUCAGGAAGUCCUCCCAAAAAACGGUUUGGAUAACCAAAAAACAAAUCUAAACCUGGACCCAAGGACUCAGAGGCACUGGGAGGAUAACAUUCUGCAGCUGAAGGAACAACUGAGGACCCUGAAGAGCCGAGACGCUGGACUCUUGUCUCAGAUCCAGGACUUGGACCGUCAGAUCCUCGAGUUGCGUUUGGACACUGACUUGUUACAUGACACUUCCCCCAGACCAUGUGACUCCCCUGAGAGCUCCGCCCCCGACAGCCGCCCCAGCUCCGGUUUCUAUGAUGUCAGUGAUGGAGCGUCGCUCUCAAACUCUGUGUUUAGCCUUUGCUCCACCCUCGACAUUGAGACCACACCCAUUUCACCAGUAACCCCACCCCCCGCUGCAGAGGCCCCUCCCCUUCUCACAGGUGAGCUCAGACCGAUGAAGUCGCUCCACAGAGCGCUCUCUGAAUUCUAA